AUGAAUGGGGGAGGAGUCUGGUGGUGCGGAAACAAAACUUUGACAAGAGACAUUCCACACGGAAGAAGAGAGAGCGAUCAGCGGGACCAGGCCGGGAGCAGAUCAGCGGGACCAGGCCGGGAGCAGAUCAGCGGGACCAGGCAAGGAGCAGAUCAGCGGGACCAGGCCGGGAGCAGAUCAGCGGGACCAGGCCAGGAGCAGAUCAGCGGGACCAGGCCGGGAGCAGAUCAGCGGGACCAGGCCGGGAGCAGAUCAGCGGGACCAGGCCGGGAGCAGAUCAGCAGGACCAGGUCGCAGCAGAUCCGCGGGACCAGGUCGCAGCAGAUCCGCGGGACCAGGCUGCAGGGGCAGGAGACCCAGAAACGCCCACACGAGCUAAGUAAAGGGACGUGUAAUAUACUUACUCCGUACUUGUACUGUGGUCUGGCUCUCUGCCCCAUUUCCCCCUCCUACCUUGAGGCUUCACUGUGCCCAGUGCUCUGGAGGAACCGGGAGCGUGUGAGUCUGAGGCGGCGUGAAGAGGACGCGACCUGGGGACCACCGCUGAUUUAUACAACGCUCUCUAAGCGCAGACUAAAGGGACGGCCCCAUAAGCUCUACAAGGCGCAUAAUAUGAACUAUAGCUUUGAGAGAAGCUGA